AAUGACAACGCCUUCGAAUUCUGAGCCCAUGUACUGCCAGUGGCCGCGGCUGGCCAGGACACUGAACGCAACAUCGUAUACUGCGCUCUGCGGGAUCCGUUCGCUGUCUUUGCGACUCGCAGCCUCUCCAGAACGCCAGGCCUCGAACGACGAUCGCAGCCAUGGGCGAGGACCUCAACAAGACCAUCGGCGCGCUGCUCAUAGGCACGCUGCUGACCUCGGUAGGGUUCGGCAUUACCACGAUGCAAACAUACCUUUGGUACCGCAACUAUCCCAACGACCCAAGGUUGAUCCGUCUGGUGGUCUGGUCGCUCUUCAUACUUGACAUAUUCCACAUCACUCUGAGCAUGCAUGUCAUUUACUACUACCUCAUCCUCAACUACGACAAUGCUCCCGCUCUUCAGCUCUCAGUCUGGAGUUUCGAUGUCACCGUGGCAGUGACGGCGGUCAUCACCUGUAUAGCACACGGGUUCUACGCCCGCCGCGUGUACAUAUUGGGGAACCGAAAUUGGGUCUUACCCGUCGUCAUUGCCGUCCUGUCAAGCAUCCGGCUAGUCUUCGGGUGCAUCGUGACGGGGCGCAUGUUGGAAAUCAAAGUGCUCGCGGAGCUGCCGCACAGGAUUGGGGCUCUCGUUGGGAUUGGCAUGGGCGCGGGCAGCCUUGCGGACUGGAUCAUCACGGCGUCGCUGGUCUUCUUCCUGCGCCGGAACAGGAAUGUCCUGAAGGACACGAACAACCUGCUCGACAAAUUGACGUAUUGGACGGUCAACAACGGGCUCUUCACGAGCAUCGUCGGCGUGUGUGUGAUUGUAACCCUGCUGUCCAUGCCCUACAACAUGAUCUACCUCGCCUUCCAUCUGCUCCUCAGCAAACGUACGUCCCCGGAAGUCCCAUCCCCGGAUCGUACUCUGACCGUCCACCUCCCCAGUAUAUGCGAACUCCCUCCUCGCGACGUGAGUUCAUCCCCAAUCAGCCACGCGCUCUGAUCUGACGGGUCGACAUGGAACAGACUGAACUACCGGAAGGCGCACCGCGGGCGCGGGAUCGACGAGACGACGUAUGGCCACCCGCUCUCCUCCCUGCGGAUCGCCCCGAUGGAGAGCACCCUGCAGUACACCACCCGCGAGUCCGUCAAGGUGCGUCCCGCUCCCCGCCGGUACCUCACACGCACGGCUACUAACGGUGCGGAUGGGCCCGACAAGGUUUCGGGCGUCAACCCCCCUGUCGUGCACGUCAUGACCGACACCAUCACCGACUCUACUGCCACACAGGGCGGGGCUACCGUACGUGUUCCUUGGAUGUCCUAUCUGGCUGGAAGGGCUCA